AUGACUAUCCACCUCACCCCAAUCGAAAACACCUUGAGGAGCCUUCUCUUGGACGUCGCUGAAUAUAUCCGGGAGCAAGAACUCGCCGCGGGACGGAAAGAUGCAGAGAUCCAACCCCUUGUCUUGCGCUUCACUGGUGGUUGGGUGCGCGACAAGCUGCUGGGAGUAGACAGCCAGGAUAUCGAUGUCGCCAUUAAUACUAUGACGGGCUAUCAGUUCGGGAUGCGACUCAAGGAGUAUCUGGACCAACCGGAGAAUCUCGAGAAAUACCGCACCAACCAUGCCAAUGGCGAGAUGCGCGAGGCGAUCGUCAGUCUCCACAAAAUCGAAGCAAAUCCGGAGAAGUCUAAGCACCUCGAAACAGUGACCACGAAAAUUUUCGGUCUUGAUAUCGACUUAGUCAACUUGCGGAAGGAAACCUAUACGGAUGAUAGUCGGAAUCCUCAGAUGGAGUUUGGUACCGCCGAGGAGGACGCAAUGCGCCGGGAUGCAACCAUCAAUGCAUUGUUCUACAAUCUGAAUGAAUCCAAGGUCGAGGACCUGACAGGCAGGGGAUUUGAAGACAUGAGACAUCGCAUCAUCCGAACCCCACUAGAGCCCUAUCAAACGUUCAAGGACGACCCGUUGCGUGUUCUUCGGUUGAUCCGUUUCGCGAGCCGAUUGGGUUACCGCAUCGACGAGGAAACAGAGAGGGCGAUGCAGAACAGCGACAUCAGUGUGGCGCUCAAACUCAAGAUCAGCCGGGAACGUGUUGGAACCGAGUUGGAGAAGAUGCUCCGAGGACCUGACCCACGGGGUGCGCUUCAUUUUAUUGACCGUCUCGGCCUGUACCCGACUAUCUUUACGAACUAUCAGGACGAUGUGCGUUGCGACACGGCUUCCUGGUCUCUUGCUUAUAAUGCAAUGGAGCGGCUGCUUCGCGAUGACGCUGAAGCUACUACACUUUGCCGUACGCAAUUAAUUCGUGACAAAUCUGAGACCUACCACGCUUGGAUUAUCACUGCUCUGGCACCCUGGUCAAAUGUUCCCACGCGCGUUAUGGAGGGACCAAAAGCAAAGCCUCUACCCCCACGGGCCGCCGAAGUUGCCCGGGAUAGUCUGCGUUCUGACAACAAAACAGUCACGCUCCUAGCCGAUGCGGCCAAAAGCUGGGAAAAGAUUAUUGAUGUGAAGUCUUCCCUACUGAAAGGGGCCAUGGGCGGUACUGCAGCGGAAGUUCGACAACAGAUUGGGCUGUAUCUCCGCGCAUGGAAGAAGGACUGGAGGCUCUGCAUGGUCUUAUCAGCAUUGCAGGAGGUCAUGCAGGGCGGAGAAUUCUCCGAAGUGGUUGAUGGAUAUAACAAAUUCCUCUCUUAUAUCGUUGAGAAUGAUUUGCAGGAUGUCUGCACAAUGAAGCCUAUUGUCAACGGAAGCGAGAUCAUGAAGGGUCUAGGUGCCCGCAAUGGUCCGUGGAUGAGUAAAGCCAUGGAGGAGGUGAUUGAAUGGCAGCUGCUCCAUCCGGACGUCACUGAUAAACAAAAGGCGCUGGACCAUCUCGCGCAGAUGAAAGGAGAAUUCGGGCUUUCCUGA